AUGAACGUGAAAAAGCUAGUGAGUCUUGCAUUUAUACCUGUUACUGAUGUUCUUAAAGCUUAUUCAUCUAUCAAGAAUGAUUUUGAUUAUGAAGAUUAUCCUCUACUUGAUUAUUUUGAAUGUGUAUCGGCUGGUCAAAAGAAAGAAAGAGUGUAUAGCGCUAAUUUAGGUAGCCGACGUGGUAAACCAAAAUUUAGUUUACAAUUAUGA